CCAAUUGUACCGUAUCAUUUCUUAAUAUGCGAUGAUUAUCUAAAUAGUUCAUCAAUCAAUAUAUAAUCUUCCAAUAUUGGAUUGGUGUAAAGAAAUCUGUGAAACAUUUAUAAAAAUCACGUGGUAAAGAAAUGGCUGACCAGUUAACUGAGGAACAAAUUGCUGAAUUCAAAGAAGCUUUUGCUUUGUUUGAUAAAGACGGUGAUGGUACUAUCACAACAAAAGAAUUGGGAACUGUUAUGAGAAGUCUUGGUCAAAAUCCAACAGAAGCUGAAUUACAGGACAUGAUCAAUGAAGUUGAUGCUGACGGAAAUGGUACAAUUGAUUUUCCAGAAUUUUUAACCAUGAUGGCAAGAAAAAUGAAGGAUGUUGAUACAGAAGAAGAAAUUAAAGAGGCGUUCAGAGUUUUUGACAAAGAUGGCAACGGCUUUAUCAGUGCUGCUGAAUUGCGACAUGUCAUGACCAAUCUUGGUGAAAAACUCACUGAUGAAGAAGUUGAUGAAAUGAUCAGAGAAGCCGAUAUUGAUGGAGAUGGACAGGUCAACUAUGAAGGUACAACAUUUUGUACUCUAAUAUGGAGAAAUGCUGAUCAAUUAACUGAGGAACAAAUUGCUGAAUUCAAAGAAGCUUUCUCCCUUUUUGAUAAAGAUGGUGAUGGUACUAUCACAACAAAAGAGUUGGGAACUGUCAUGAGAAGUCUUGGUCAAAAUCCAACAGAAGCUGAAUUACAGGACAUGAUCAAUGAAGUUGAUGCUGACGGAAAUGGUACAAUUGAUUUUCCAGAAUUUUUAACCAUGAUGGCUAGAAAAAUGAAGGAUACUGAUUCUGAGGAAGAAAUCAAGGAAGCAUUUAGAGUUUUCGACAAAGAUGGCAACGGUUUUAUCAGUGCUGCUGAAUUGCGACAUGUCAUGACCAAUCUUGGUGAAAAACUCACUGAUGAAGAAGUUGAUGAAAUGAUCAGAGAAGCCGAUAUUGAUGGAGAUGGACAGGUCAACUACGAAGAAUUUGUGAAAAUGAUGAUGUCCAAGUAAAUCACAUGUUGUAUAUAAAUAUCUUCAUAAAAUCCAAAACACCACAACAUGCACCACCAUGACUGACAGGCAAAGCUGUCCAUUGAUUAAUGUGGAGUGAGCAUUAUAAAAUUUGUACAAAAGUUUUCGAUUUUUAUUUAUUGUUUUGAAAAUUUAAGCUUUAUUAAUAAA